GUCGCGGGCAAUGUCGUGUUCAUACAAUAAUUACGCAGUUCUGAGACGAUGUAAACCUAAUAAUCAUAAUAUUCUGUUUGGGACUCGCUUCCGUUCUUAUCAUUAAUCAUAAUGACACCAACUAGAGACGGCCUUAAUUGGAAAAUUCCUUCCAUGCUCCUAUACUAUCAAGAGGAACUUAUACGAGCAGCCCAAAAAGAGACUACUACCGUGACGGCACCAGGCUCUGCUCUGAAAAUAGUAUAAGACAAGUGAGUCAAGCCUAUGUCAUAUGCGGCUGCUGUUAUUAGUUUCGUCUCAGUCUACCCUUUUACUCCCCCCUAGCUCUCCUUUGAUCCAGUAUAAAUUCAUUGGGCCCAUCUACCCUAUACAAUGAAAUUUUCGACUCUUCUGCUCACCGGAGCUGUUUUGACCUCCACCGCAUUAGCACGUCCUUCGAGGCUUGCAGAGCGCGAGGCAACUCGGAGAUCCCGAAGUUCGAGACCAUUCUCCGGCUCUUCUCACAAUGGUACCGGUAACAACACCGACUCCGGGGUUGAGCUUCAUGCCGGCACUACCAGCACCUCCCUCCACGACGAAUACAGCACGAAUUGGGCUGGUGUUAUCAUCGAAUCUCCACCUUCCGGUCAAAACUUUACCACAGUCACAGGCACAUUCGUCGUUCCGUCGCCGACAGGUAGUGACGGAGCUGCGUCAGCGUGGGUGGGGAUCGAUGGUGACACAGCGUCACAAUCGAUUUUACAGGCCGGGGUCGAUUUUAAGAUCAGCGGUGGACAAGUAUCGUAUGACUCGUGGUACGAAUGGUAUCCGAACUAUGCUUAUGACUUCUCCAAUCUUGCCAUCUCCGCUGGCAAUACAAUAUCAAUAACAGUUCACUCGACGAGUUCAACUACUGGCACAGUCACCCUCACGAACAAAAGUACCGGUAAAAGCGUCAGCCAAUCUCUCACUGCCCCAAGUUCAUCGGCCGCGCUGAAAGGCCAAAAUGCUGAAUGGAUCGUUGAAGAUUACGAGCAAAACGGCAGUCUCGUUACAUUCGCGAAUUUUGGGACCGUUACGUUCUCAGGGGCGUCUGCAUCUACAUCUUCGAAGACAGUGACCCCUAACACUGGAAUAAAAGUCAACAUUGAGCAGAAUGACAAAGUGCUUACAAGUGUAACGGACAGUUCCACGUCGGUAACGGUAAAACAUACGUAGAGUUAAUGUCUUAGACACUCGACCCAAUUUAUGUCUCACUCAAUUAGAGUAUUUUUGAUGUUUUAUGACGCGUACCAUACUUCUGUAAACUCUUGCGACUGUUUACGAAAAUAUACUCUUCACCGCCUGCUUGUCAUAGCUUUGGUAAAAGCGGCCAUAAGCUAAGUUGAGCGCCGAACGUGAUAGUUAUAGCUAAAGACAGUUGAA